AUGCAAUCUCAAGAUUCAUGCUACGGUGUUGCAUUCAGAUCUAUCAUCACAAAUGAUGAAGCUCUAUUCAAGAAGACCAUUCACUUUUAUCACACUUUAGGAUUUGCCACUGUGAAAGACUUCAACAAAUUCAAACAUGGUGAAAAUAGCUUAUUAUCUUCAGGAACUUCCCAAGAUUCCUUGAGAGAAGUUUGGUUAGAAUCCUUCAAGCUGAGUGAGGUCGAUGCUUCUGGGUUCCGUAUACCACAACAAGAGGCUUCCAACAAAGCUCAAAGUCAAGGGGCUCUAUUGAAGAUUCGUUUAGUGAUGUCUGCCCCAAUUGAUGAAACUUUCGACACCAAUGAAACCGCCACAAUCACUUAUUUCUCUACUGAUUUGAACAAGAUUGUCGAAAAAUUCCCAAAGCAAGCCGAGAAAUUGUCCGAUACCUUAGUAUUUUUGAAAGAUCCUAUGGGCAACAACAUCACCUUCUCAGGCUUAGCUAAUGCAACUGAUUCUGCUCCAACUUCCAAAGAUGCUUUCUUGGAAGCUACUUCCGAAGACGAAAUCAUUUCCAGGGCUUCUUCCGAUGCUUCUGACUUAUUAAGACAAACAUUGGGCUCUUCUCAAAAGAAGAAGAAGAUUGCUGUCAUGACUUCUGGUGGUGAUUCUCCUGGUAUGAAUGCCGCUGUUCGUGCUGUUGUUCGUACAGGUAUCCAUUUCGGCUGUGAUGUCUUUGCCGUUUACGAGGGUUACGAAGGUUUACUAAGAGGCGGUAAAUAUUUAAAGAAGAUGGCUUGGGAAGAUGUCAGAGGUUGGUUAAGUGAAGGUGGUACUUUGAUCGGUACUGCUCGUUCCAUGGAAUUCAAAAAGCGCGAAGGUCGUAGACAAGCUGCAGGUAAUCUAAUUUCACAAGGUAUUGACGCUUUGAUUGUUUGUGGUGGUGACGGUUCUUUAACUGGUGCUGAUCUUUUUAGACACGAAUGGCCAUCUUUGGUUGAUGAACUGGUUGCAGAAGGCAGAUUUACUAAGGAAGAAGUUGCCCCAUACAAGAAUUUGUCCAUUGUUGGUCUUGUUGGUUCCAUUGAUAAUGAUAUGUCUGGUACUGACUCUACCAUUGGUGCUUAUUCUGCUUUGGAAAGAAUCUGUGAAAUGGUUGACUACAUUGAUGCUACCGCUAAGUCCCAUUCCCGUGCCUUCGUUGUUGAAGUUAUGGGUAGACAUUGUGGUUGGUUGGCCUUGAUGGCCGGUAUCGCUACUGGUGCUGAUUACAUUUUCAUUCCAGAAAGGGCUGUUCCUCACGGAAAAUGGCAAGACGAAUUGAAGGAAGUCUGCCAAAGACAUAGGAGUAAGGGUAGAAGAAACAACACCAUUAUUGUCGCUGAAGGUGCUUUAGAUGAUCAAUUAAACCCUGUUACCGCCAAUGAUGUUAAGGAUGCCUUAAUUGAACUCGGUCUAGACACUAAAGUCACAAUUCUAGGUCACGUUCAAAGAGGUGGUACUGCUGUUGCACAUGACAGAUGGUUAGCCACUUUACAAGGUGUCGACGCUGUUAAGGCCGUUUUGGAGUUUACUCCAGAAACUCCUUCUCCAUUAAUUGGUAUUUUAGAAAACAAGAUCAUUAGAAUGCCAUUGGUUGAAUCUGUGAAGUUGACCAAAUCUGUUGCCACUGCCAUUGAAAACAAAGAUUUCGAUAAGGCAAUUUCUUUAAGAGACACAGAAUUUAUUGAGCUCUACGAAAACUUCUUAUCCACUACCGUUAAAGAUGAUGGUUCUGAAUUGUUGCCAGUAUCUGACAGAUUAAAUAUUGGUAUUGUCCAUGUUGGUGCUCCAUCGGCCGCUUUGAACGCUGCUACUCGUGCUGCCACUCUAUACUGUUUGUCACACGGCCAUAAACCAUAUGCUAUCAUGAAUGGCUUCAGCGGAUUGAUUCAAACCGGUGAAGUAAAGGAACUAUCAUGGAUUGAUGUCGAAAACUGGCAUAACUUGGGUGGUUCCGAAAUUGGUACCAACAGAUCUGUUGCCUCAGAAGAUUUAGGUACAAUUGCUUAUUACUUCCAAAAGAACAAGCUAGACGGUUUGAUUAUCCUCGGUGGUUUUGAAGGUUUCAGAUCUUUGAAGCAAUUGCGUGACGGUAGACCCCAACAUCCAAUCUUCAACAUCCCAAUGUGUUUGAUUCCAGCCACUGUUUCUAACAACGUUCCAGGUACUGAAUACUCACUUGGUGUUGACACCUGUUUGAACGCAUUGGUCAAUUACACCGAUGACAUCAAACAAAGUGCUUCUGCCACAAGAAGAAGAGUCUUUGUCUGCGAAGUUCAAGGUGGUCAUUCUGGUUACAUUGCUUCUUUCACUGGUUUGAUCACCGGUGCCGUUUCCGUGUAUACUCCAGAAAAGAAAAUCGACUUAGCUUCUAUCAGAGAAGAUAUAACUUUGUUAAAAGAGAACUUCCGUCACGAUAAAGGUGAAAACAGAAAUGGUAAGCUAUUAGUUAGAAAUGAGCAAGCUUCUAGCGUAUAUAGCACCCAAUUGCUAGCUGACAUUAUCUCUGAAGCAAGCAAGGGUAAGUUUGGUGUCAGAACCGCUAUCCCAGGUCAUGUCCAACAAGGUGGUGUUCCAUCUUCCAAGGACCGUGUCACCGCUUCUAGAUUUGCUGUCAAAUGUAUCAAGUUUAUCGAACAAUGGAACAAGAAGAAUGAAGCUUCUCCAAACACUGACGCUAAAGUUUUGAGAUUCAAGUUCGAUACUCACGGUGAAAAAGUACCAACUGUUGAGCACGAGGAUGAUUCCGCCGCUGUUAUCUGUGUCAAUGGUUCUCACGUUUCCUUUAAGCCAAUCGCUAAUCUAUGGGAGAACGAAACCAAUGUUGAAUUAAGAAAGGGUCAUGAAGUUCACUGGGCUGAAUAUAACAAGAUUGGUGACAUCCUAUCUGGUAGAUUAAAGUUGAGAGCUGAAGUAGCCGCUUUAGCCGCUGAAAACAAAUGA